GCCGCAGGGGAGCGCUAGCGCCGCCUGUUGAAACAUCGCUGGAAAGAGGCUGAUCCGCCGAAGUCUCAGAGCACUUUUUAGCAAUUUCUUGCUGUUAAUUUCGCCUCUGGCUCACUACCUUUAUAUCACCGAGUCAAAAUGAGUACCAUUGGAGCUGGUUAUGACUUGUCAGCAUCGCAAUUCUCUCCUGAUGGCCGAGUAUUUCAAGUGGAGUACGCCCAGAAGGCUGUGGAGAACAGUGGGACUGUUAUCGGCCUUCGUGGAAAAGAUUGCAUAGUUUUGGCUGUAGAGAAGUUGGUGACAUCAAAGUUGUAUGAGGCUGGUUCAAACCGCAGAAUCUUCAAUGUUGAUAGACACAUUGGCAUGGCUGUCUCUGGUCUUAUCUCCGAUGCCAGGCAGAUUGUCGAAACCGCUCGUGCUGAGUGUGCAAACUAUCGCUCACAGUAUGGCACAAAUAUUCCCCUGAAGUAUUUGAACGACCGAGUCUCCAUGUUUAUGCACGCAUACACAUUGUACAGUGCUGUUCGUCCAUUUGGCUGCAGCGUCAUUCUUGCUGCUUAUGAAGCUGAUGGUCCUCAAAUGUACAUGAUUGACCCAUCAGGUGUUUCAUAUGGAUAUUUAGGCUGUGCCGUUGGUAAGGCCAAACAAUCAGCAAAGACAGAAAUUGAAAAGUUGAACCUUAAGGACAUGACCUCUGACCAGCUUGUCAAGGAAGCAGCUAAAAUAAUUUACCAAGUACAUGAUGAACUUAAGGAUAAGGAGUUUGAACUGGAACUCAGCUGGGUCGGAAAGAACACCAAAGGUGUCCAUGAGAGAGUGUCCGAUGCUGUAUACCAAGAGGCCGAGAGGAGUGCCAAGCUAGCAAUGGAAGAUGACUCCGACUCAGAAACAGAGGACAUGUAAAACUUAUCUAUCAGUUGUGAUGAGGAAAAGAGUUUUGUCUGUGAUGCUCUUUGGUUUAGUAUCAAUGAGCAGCAGUUGACUGAAAGUUAACUGUAGUGAAGCAGUUGACUAUCAACACUUUGUUUAAAAGAUCGUUUGGGUGAGAAUUUUUUUUUAAUAAUAAUAAACCUUGAAAAUUGUGUA